AAUUGAGAAAUCUACUUUCAGUUUCUGCUUCCUUAGGCUUUGCUUUUGCCUCCGCUGCUUCUUUCCCUCUUCCACCGUAUUACUUAUUUCACCUAUUCAUUUUUCCUCGAGCCUCACUUCUCCCUUGCACGCCACGUUUAUAUCGGCGGCAGCCUUAGAAUGGACCCUUCUUUACCCGACCCCGCCUCCUCCCUUUCUGUCGAUUCCGUCGCCGACAGUUUGAAAAGUCAAAGCUUAAGAGAACAAGGUAAUGAUCGCAUAAACAAAGAAAAUAAAAACAAAAAGGUUAAAUUGAGCCUUGAAGAUCUCAAUUGGGAUCAUUCCUUCGUUAGAGAGCUCCCUGGGGACCCUCAAAGCGAUUCUAUUCCACGUCAGGUUUUUCACGCGUGUUAUACGAAAGUUUUACCAUCGGCUGAAGUAGAGAAUCCGGAACUUGUUGCUUGGUCAGACUCCGUGGCUGGCUUGCUUGAUUUGGAUUCUCAUGAAUUCGAAAGACCAGAUUUUCCUCUGAAAUUUUCUGGGGCUUCUCCUUUGGCAGGAGCGGUGCCAUAUGCACAAUGCUACGGAGGACAUCAGUUUGGCACAUGGGCUGGCCAACUGGGUGAUGGCCGUGCUAUUACUCUUGGGGAGAUUCUGAAUUCUAAAUCCGAAAGGUGGGAAUUGCAGCUUAAAGGGGCUGGGAAGACUCCAUAUAGUCGAUUUGCGGACGGCCUUGCGGUUUUACGAAGUAGUAUCCGUGAAUUUCUUUGCAGUGAAGCAAUGCAUUUUCUAGGAAUCCCAACUACUCGUGCUCUCUGUCUUGUCACCACUGGAAAAUUAGUAACUCGAGACAUGUUUUAUGAUGGUAAUCCAAAGGAAGAGCCUGGUGCAAUUGUUUGCAGAGUUGCACAGUCUUUUCUGCGGUUUGGUUCAUUCCAAAUACAUGCUUCUAAGGGAGAAGAGGACCUUGGUAUUGUAUGUUCUUUGGCAGACUAUGCCAUCAGACAUCACUUCCCUCAUAUUGAGAACAUUAGUAAAAGUGAGACCUUGUCUUUUAGCACUGGUGACAAUGGCCAAUCGGUUGUGGAUUUGACUUCAAACAAGUAUGCAGCAUGGAUCGUGGAGAUUGCUGAGCGCACUGCUUCUUUGGUUGCAAGAUGGCAGGGAGUUGGCUUUACUCAUGGUGUGCUAAACACUGACAAUAUGAGCAUUUUAGGUCUCACGAUCGAUUAUGGUCCUUUCGGAUUUCUGGAUGCUUUUGAUCCAAGUUACACACCAAAUACUACAGAUCUUCCUGGGAGAAGAUACUGUUUUGCAAAUCAACCUGAUAUUUGCUCGUGGAAUAUUACACAAUUUGCCUCGACUUUGAUGGCUGCACACCUCAUAAGUGAUAAAGAAGCCAGUUAUGCCGUGGAAAGGUAUGGGACAAAAUUUAUGGACGAAUAUCAAGCUAUAAUUACCCAAAAGCUUGGCCUCCAAAAGUACAAUAAACAGCUUGUCAACAAACUUCUUAAUAAUUUGGCUGUGGAUAAAGUGGAUUACACAAACUUCUUUCGUUCGCUUUCCAAUAUCAAAGCAGAUCCUGGCAUUCCAGAAGGUGAGUUGUUAGUGCCACUGAAGGCUGUUCUACUGGAUAUUGGCAAGGAACGCAAGGAGGCAUGGGCCAGUUGGGUACAGUCCUAUAUACAAGAGCUUGUUGCCAGUGGCAUCUCGGAUGAGGAGAGGAAAGCCUCCAUGGACUUGGUGAAUCCUAAAUAUGUGCUGAGGAACUACCUAUGCCAGAGUGCGAUUGAUGCAGCCGAAAUUGGUGAUUUUGGAGAGGUCCGAAGACUGCUUAAAGUAAUGGAGAGGCCGUAUGAUGAGCAACCAGGAAUGGAAAAAUACGCUCGCUUGCCACCAGCAUGGGCUUACCGGCCUGGUGUGUGUAUGCUAUCUUGUUCGUCUUGAGUUUACUGAAUGACUGUUAUACAAACCUUACAAAUACCCAUAAAGAAAAACCAUUGUACAUAAGAGCGGAAAAGAUUUUUUAUUUCCCUUUUAAUUCUACAACAAAGUGUAGCAGCGUUUUAUUUUUAUUUUACCUUUGUUGCAUCAUCCAUUGAUGAGCGCUUUUACAUGACUAUUCAUGUUUUUAUAAUCAUCUAUUUUCCCGUUUGUUGUAAUAGGAUGAUACAGUAGAGAAAUGAAAUAAUGGGCAUGAAAUGACUUAUGAUGAUGAUGAUGAAAGGAGAGUCGGCGUUGCAGUUCAUAUAGUGGGAACAGAAAUUGUGUUCUAAAUGAGUUGUAAUUAUAGAGAUGGCUUAAGAGAUGUUUUGCUUGUAGCAUCUUUGAUCAUAUAUCUUGUCUGCAGUUUGUCCAUAA